AUGGACGAUCUAUCGGGCCAACCACCCGAACCGCGCGAGGAUCGUGGACCUCGCAUUCCUCCUGCUAAACUCUCAUCGAUCAACCCCGAACCAACAAUAUCCCUCUUCUUCAAACCAACCAAAGACUCCUCUUUGGUCCUCCUUGAUGGCAAAUUCUCUCGAGAUGCCGCCAUGAUCUUCUGCGACCGGAUUCGUCACGACCUGAUGGACAACAACCGAAAAUCCUUCACUGUUGUUGGUGGUAGCUUGAAAGGUCUCAAGGAGGUUUUGGCUUGGAUCAAUCAGUGCGUUGCCGAGCAGAACAUCGUCAAGUUCAAAGAUUUCGAUGACAACGCACCCAACUUAUUCACCACCUACGCCAAUGUCAUCAUCUCUGCUCACUACCUGGGUAUUCCGCCGCGGGACCUCUCCGACCAUAUUGUCAAACGCAUGUCUGCCGUUGCUCGGAAACACCUCAUGAGUUGGGCUGAAGUCGAAUGGUUCUACACGACCCCUCUACUAGCGACACUUCCCGACGAGAAAGAAAAUUCUGUCCGUGGAGUUGCUGGUGCUUCCGUGUUCUGGGCGUGGUGGAAUGGCAAGCUUGACGAGAACGAGACCCCUGAAGACAUGAUGAUGUUGAGCGUUUUGAGGCAGGAGAUCGGCCAGUUGGACAAGGAUCUGCAUGAGUGGUGUGAGAGAAACGAGGUUGAAGUGAGAAAGAAGUGGGAAGAGAAGGACAAACUCAAGAAGUCCGGCGUUUAUGCAAAUGGCUAUUGUGGCGGAAAUGGUCAUGCCCUGGACGGAGCCAGUGGAGGAGGGGAUGGAGGUGGAUGGGAUGAACCAGCAACUGUGACUCCGGGAGGUACCAAUGGCUGGGACACCUUCAGCAGCGAAGGACCCCUUGGCCCGCCCAAUUCAGUCGCAACCCAAGACUCCGGCGUCGACGUGGCUUUUGGUGGUAAGAACAGUGCUGCUUUGCCUCCUCUACAUGAGAUGGAUGGGAUCAACGGGGCCGGUGACUGGGCUGAAGAGGUUAGCGAGAUCACUCGGCUCAACAACCAGCAGUGGUAG